AUGAUGGAUGAAAAGCGGUUUGAAGAGAUUAUGGAAGGCAUCGGAAGAAAAAUUGAGGGCUUGCAAAGGUCAUUUGAUAUUCAACAGAAAGUUGUCUCUGACAUGGCUGGCAGCAUUAAUGACAUCCGUUCGAGCGUCACCAGCAUAUCUAAUGAUGUUCGUGGUCUGGCAAAUCGAGUUGCGACUAUUGAGAGCACUCAAGAAAAAGUCACAGAUGACCUUUCGAAUGUUAGAGCUGACGUCACAAGGAAUGAAUCGGAAAUCAACUCUAUUCAACAGGCACUGCUUGCUAACGACUUUGUUAUCUAUGGGUUGCCACCGGAAGUUAACAACAGUCAUAUUAAGGAGAUACUUACCAACAUUGGAACGCAGUUAAAUGAAGAAAUAUCAUCAUCCAUGUUAAAAAGUUGCUUCGCCCGUCAUAACAAAAACAAAACUAGUACGUUGAUUGUGGGAAGCUUUCUGGAGAGUGGAAGGAAGGAGAGAAUUUUAAGGAGACUGAAAGAAAGACGAAACCCGAUAAACUGUGAUGACAUUCUCACUCUCGCUGGUGCAUCGAAAUGGAGAGGAAAACAAAUUUCGAUUAAGAAUCAACUUACGAAAUAUUCUCAAAAUUUGCUUUCUCUUGCACGUGAACGAAAUCAGGGGCGCUUUGAAUUUAUUUGGGAGAGCGAAGGUCGAAUACUAAUGAAAAAAAACAAUACUUCAAAACCAAUACAAAUAACAUCAAUUGAUCAAUUAGCUAACAUCUUUAAUCAACAUAAAUAA